AUAGUCCUUGAGAGCCAAACCGUAUCCCGCGAAACGCGACUUGCUUCCAGAAGGGGGUCUGCUUUCUGCAGGCUACGGACGGGACGAUCAUCUAGUCUGACUGCUUCUAGACUUGGUUUGGUCAUAAGGCAGGGGCGAAGACGCGAGGAUGGGGAAGCCGCUGCACUUUGACGUGCACGGCCAGCUGCGCGUCCUCGCAGUCGACGAUGACUCCGUUAACCUUAUGGUCAUUGAGUCAGUCCUAAAGCCGAUGGGCUGGGAUAUCGUGCCGGCAAUCGAUGGCUCAGAGGCGUACGCUGCGUGCGACAACGAGCCGGAGUGGCCUGAUAUCGUGCUGUUGGACUACAACUUGGAGGUCGGAGAUAGCGGGGAAACGGUGCUGGCCAACCUGCGCAGCCGCUUCGCGGGAUUCAACGUGCCCAUCGUCAUGUGCACCGCAAUGUCCGCCAACUCAGCGGAGCUGGACCGCUGCCUGAAGAAUGGCGCUGUGGACAUCCUGCUCAAGCCAUAUGAGCGCAGCAGGGUCAUGGACAUCGUGGAGAAGCACUGCCCGGGCAAGGCAGCGCCCGCAGCCAAGCCCGCUGCCGCCCUGCCACCGCCCGCCCCCGCGGCGGCUCCGGCCCCGGCGCCUGCGCCCACAGCGGCCCCGCCGCCGCCGGCGGCGGCCGGACCGGCCGCCGCUGACGUGGAGUCGUUCUGCGUGUCCAUCGGCCUCGACUACCUCGGGAAAAAGCUUAAGGAGCAGGGCGUGUCGCUGUCGGACCUGAAGGGCUUCGACGACGCCGCGCUUCGGAAAAUGGGCGUGGUGGUCAAAUCGCAACGCGAUAAGAUUCUGGAUGCCGCCAAGAAUUGUUAACAACAAGGUGCGGAUGGGGGCUGUGGUUUGAUUGGGCGGCUUGAUGCUUCCAGGGUGAUGAUGUCUUGGCCGUCGCAGACGGGGUUCCGUGGUUGCGUGCUGUGCAGUGUGGGUCCGGGGCAAGGCAAACGAUUAAGUGUGUUGUUGUUUGAGUUGCCGUCCUGUGCUGGGCUGCAUGCCUCUCCCACCCUAAUGCCUUAUCCUCCGUCAACCAUCUCCAUGUGUACAUUUUGCAGGCGGCGGCGGGCCUGCCUGUGCAUGAGGAGUCGACGCGAACAGAGCAGGGAACGUCAGGUCCCCCGAAGCUGGAUGGAGCGCGUAAGGGCUGGACCGGGGGCCGGGCCUGGCGCUGGCUCUUGUUUGGUAUGUGGCAAUAACUCGCAAGCUGGGGCGCCUCGUCUGUAUUCAUGGGGCACUGGAGGCGCAGCUGCGCCUGGCAACUAUGGGAUUGCUGGACGGCUCGGGCACUGUGCGGGGAGUGUGCAUAAAUGCGCCGAGUGCACAAGCAUUGACGCGAGAGCUUUCUGUCUAGACGCUGUGAGAGGUGUGAGAGUGGUUUUUCCCACGGCGCUUGCCCUGGUAAGUGUUUCUGAGCGUAGAGCGCGGACACGCGCGCGGCUCCUCACGGCAUGGUGCCGAGUGGCUGCAUGCGCGUUCAUGCCGUUUGGAAGGGUUUGGGUGGGCACACGCGAAGAUAGGUGGACCGCUCAUGAUUACGAGAGUUGCAAACGAUUCACGCGCCGCGUAUGUGGCGCAAACGUGCUGAUCUAAUAAAUGGGGCUUUUGGCGCUUGCCGAUUUGAGCUAGGGUGCAUCAGAUGAAGGUCCUACUAUUUCCUCUGAUAUGAUAUGCUGACGAUAAUAUUACGCAAAGCUGCCUGGCGUGCUGCUCGCGUCCUGACAAGCUGCGGCAGCUGUACGGUCGAUGCCGCCGCCGACAGAUCGCAUGCAUCGCGGGCUGCGGCUUCAACCAUCCCCUCAUGCCGCUAGCGCCGCCGGUUUCAGUGCUGCAACUAAGCGGCAUGACCGGGGGUCGGCAACGGCGACAUCAAACAAGUCGAGUGUGCGGUGUGUUAGGGGAGUGCUGUUUUGGGCGAGUUUGCGGACGGUUGAGGUCGCGUCGCUUGCCCAUACCAUGCGCCGCUCCAGCUCGGACUGUUCAGGAAGCACAUUGAAAUGCCGGGGCAGGGGAGCGAUGUCUGUGCUUAUCAGGGGCUCGUGUGCGCGUGCGUGUGUGUGUGUGUGUGUGUGUUAAACAAAAAGCAAACGGUGUGUGUGUGAGUGUGUCUACUUGUCUACGUUGGUGCCUGCACGGACGUCCACGAGACAACGGCACUUUCCUGGAUGUGUGAGUGUGCGUGGUGAAGAGCUGAGGCUGGAUUGAUGUGCAUGCAGAAUGCACGGCGCCGAUCUGCUCACGCGUGCCGUCGUUUGGAAGGAGCCUGUGGUGGCAUCACCGCUGCAGAUGGGACAACGAGGAGGCAGAAUGCGUACGCGCGCACGUUAGUUCUUCGGCUCGCUUCAGUAUGUAGGGGAAUGAUGACGGUGUGGAAACUGCAUAUUACGGGGGUGCGAGGAAUCGCAGGCUUGAUGUGGGCGUCGUUACCUGUGGGCGUCGUGUGGGUCAUCGUCACAGAAAUAAGUGUGCGGCCGGCUGCUCACAUGCUACUGAUCGUAGUGGGGCGGAAAUCUGCACUGUCUUGAGCGGAAGGGCAUAUUACCUGUUUCAUGCUUUGUGGUUGGGGUUGUAGUCGCCAUUAGCAGGGCUGGGCGCAGCGAGGAAGGGGGCGCGCUGUCGCUCCAGCAUCCCAAGAAGUGCCCGAUUAAUGGCGUCCAAUGGCAAGGGAGGCUCCGUGGUAUGGCAACUGCUUGCAGGGGGCUAACGGCUGGAUUUCGCAGCGCCGUGACACUCUGUCGGAGCUUGGCACCUUGGCUUGAGUGAGACGGGGCAUGCGCACGGGGGUGGCUCGCGUACGGCUCUUGGCUACCGUGCGAUUGUGACUGCGGCACGGGGGCGGUGUGAGCAGUUGCUGGUGCGCUGUCGGGCCGCUUGGAUUUGAUGAAUAAGUAGCUUAGAAAGUCGCUCUCUGCUUGUAACCUGCCGCCAUU